CGCAAGUCACUCCCUCUCACUCACACACCCACACUACACACCACACUCUCUCACUCGCGAACUGCAUUUCCGGGCUUUCUUUACCAUCCCAGCAAGAGGCGCCUUACGUACCUUGCUACCAACAGAGCUUCUUUGCCCUUUUCCCUCCUCUCAACUUCUCGCUUCAUCUUGUCACUCUUUUCCAAGGCCACGAGGUAGAAUUGAGAUCAAACUCUCCAUCUGUCUGUACCACUCACUACCUACCUACUUACCUUACUCCGUACACUUUGGCCCGCCUCAACCGUCCAGUCCCUCCUCUUCAGACUUCAAACUCAACCCUCGCCUCAUCCAUCUCCGCCCUGGAAUGCUAUCCUCUGCCCCUCUCGCCAUUCUUGUACGAAUACACGACUGAGCGUACGACGAAAGCCUUGACUCUUGAGCCUUCUUCCCGGUCCCGAUCCCGCCGUCAUCGCUUGGCCUUCCCGGUUCUUCUUUUUCGCUUCUCGUUGUCCAGAGCCUAACCCUUUUACUCAUAAUCCUAAUAUUAUCCCACUUCACACUAUAAUCUAUACCUUACCCUGUCUGGCCUUACCUUGCCUCCGACAUCCCUCCUUGCUCACCCGCUCGCCCUUUUUCACCAUUGCGACAACCCCGGAUCUAUUCUUGCUCGCUCCUGUCUCUCUUAACCCCCCUCUCUCACCUUCCAGGGGCUGUCCUGCCUGUCAUGCCAAUCUGCGACUGCUGAACACGUCCUUUUUCUCCCAUUAGACGCGGCUGUUUGUUGCAACAUCUCGACUCUUUGCCAAUCUCAUCCAACCAGAGCCAGCCAUUCGCACACCCAACACUUCGUACAACAAGCACCACCACCACCACCAACACUUGUGAGACCAGCAGUGACAGUUGUGGUCUCCCACACCGCGCCCGUGUCGCACAACGUCGCACGUUAUAUCUCCGACUCUGCUAUUCGACCUCCCGCAUCGCACGACUCCGACCGAACCACCAGACCCGUACUGUCGAGCGGCUGUGGCAGUUGUCGCACGCCAAUGGUCUCUGCCGCUCGUCUAUAGCCUCGCCAGACACAGCUUCUUCUGUACGCCAUGGCUACAUCAACGGGCUUCCCACGCAUGUCCUUCGGGGCCAACAACAACCUCGACUUGAGCUUGGACCUGCCAAUUGUUCUCUUCCCCCCGUCAGACGACCUGCCUUCUCCCAUUUAUGAGAGUGAUGAUGAGGAUGCUCAGCGAACACCGACCACGGCUACCGUGCCCCAGAUCCCAGACCGCAGCACACGCCGAACAAAUAACGAGUCACCGACACUGGGCAGCCCCAAGGUCCCUCGCCAUCCCAUCCCCUCAAUGCAGGCCGCUUUCGCCGAGUCAUUUCUCGAAGUCGCCGAUGGCAAUCCUACCCAGAAACCGAAACUCAAAACUGCUGAUGCAAAGAUUCGUCGCGAGGAGCUCAUUAGCCAGGAACGCGAAGAUGACCUACCCGAUAUGCUCUGGCGAUUUCGCCCCGGCCAGCAGCAGCACGAGCUCCAGAAGCUCAUGGCGCAGAUAUCAUUUGGCGUUUACUUGCUACUUCACGGCAUGGCCAACAGCGCCGCCCAGGUCGUCAGUAUCCUGCAGGGUCACAUCGACGAGGUGGACGAGUUUCUCGAGGUGGUCAUGGAGGACUUUGAGCAGGCGACCAACGAUUUGAAGGAGAGAAUCGACUACCUUCGCUUGCCCAUGGAGAACCUCGAAGUAUUUGAGAAACUGCUAGAGGACCGCAAUUUCCGCCUCGAGAUCGUCCAGGGCAACGAAAAGAUUGAGCAUAUCGUAGCUCGCACUAACAUCCAGCUUGAACAGUACGACAAAGAUGUGCAGCAUGGCCUCGCCGCAACAAAGGAGUUUGCUGUUUAUCUGGCUCACCAGAAUGCAGGCAGUUGGCGUCAAGAUCGUCCAGACGUGGUUGACAUCUAUGCCGCAAUGAAGGGCAAUACUGAGGGCUGGUACAACGCAUUUGUAGAGUUACAAGCUCAAGGCAAGGAGUUGAAUACCUUGGUCGUCAAGCUGGGGAAGAUGGUGGCUGAAAUGAGCAAGAAAGCCGGCGAAGUGAGUCGAAGAACUUGGGCCAGCAUUCCGCCGUUCAGCCUACCGCUGCAAGGCGCCCGAGUCGACGAUGCCCCGUCGAAUUCACCACCAGCUUCACCUCCCAGAGACCCGAGGCGCUCUACGCUGCGCGCGAAUAGUGUGAGCGGCUCUGUCUCUACUGGGGAGAGGUCAAGUUCCAAUUUGGCCUACUUUGACAUCCCAAUGCAGAUACCAUCGCCAGUAGCUUCCCCUGAUCAGCGAUCGGUCAAAACCCAUAGAACAUCGCACUCAAACAACACCAUGCAGUCUUUCCACACCUCUCACUCUCACAACACGAUUCAUUCACAAACGACCACUAAAUCUCAUAAAACCACACACUCUCACAACACCAACCACUCCCACGAGACGGCUCGCACAAGCCAUACUACUCGCACCAACCAGAGCUCGCAUUCUAUCGCGCCGAAGCUCACUCUGGAGACUCCCGACGGGCCAAUAACUGAGCCCGUCAGCGCUGAGGAGGAGGUGGAGGUGACACUGGACGACGGACCGCUAUACAUACUCCAACCAAGGACCUACACCCCACAGCCACCAGAGGAACGCAUGCCUUCACCCGCCCCGACCGAACCAUCAAGCAAAUACCAGCCCCAGCGCGAGGCGCCUCUCCCAACGAAGAAGACAUCGCUUCGCCAGAGAGUUUCUUUGAAGACGACCCCUCCAGAGUCAAUCCAAAUUCCGCCCCCAUCAUCAGACCUUCAUCACACUGCGCGAGAGUCUCCUCGGGAGCGUCAGGCCCCGGAUUCCGCCUACGGUUCUGACUAUGACCAGCGGCAGCGAUACCAUGCAGCGAACGAGCUCUCUCCACCUGUACAGCAGCCGCCUGUGCUACCGUCUCCGAGGUCGGAACACCAAUAUUACCGCCCGGUGCAAGCGAGUCCACACUCUCCACUACAGCAAAGGCCGCUCACUGCUGGUGCGCAGCCCAGAUCUCCUUAUGGUCACCAGUCUGGGUACUAUCCCACUCAUCAGAGGAACGCACCAUCCCGUCUGGGAGGCGCAAGCAUGUUGAGCAACGUCACGACCAUGACAUACGACUCGCAGAUGACAGCGAGCGGAGAAAAGCGACUGAAGAAGAAACGCAGCGCUUUUGGCUGGCUGAAGAAGGCAUUCUCGCUUGACGAAGAGGAACAACGAGCAUACGAAGCACGGAGGCAGCAGCAAACGCCCAAUAUGUAUUACGACGGCAGAAGCCCCAAGUUUUUAGACGGCAAGAGAGUGGCGCCGCCACGGACGGCAGACAGCGUCUAUCGCCAAGGAGGCAGCGUCUAUCGACAACAAUAAGUCGGCCGUGUCAUAGCAGGUUGUCAUGGGCCGUAACCCCCACAUGUGGCUCGUCGUCUGUAAGACUGGGAAUCAUGCCGAGUAUGGACCACUCUUCGAAUUCGCCAUUUUGCGACUUGCGCCCGGUAUUGGACAGAAGAAGUGCGAUAUUGAUACCCCUCGGGCGAUCAUUUCUUGAUAUUACAUCAUUGUAAUCAUGCCACUCAACAAAAACCGUUGAACAUGCUUCGCGAUGUACAUUUUGGCUUACGGGGUUUCCGCGAGCACAUAACCAUCUACUCGUUAUUUCAUGUUAUUUGAAACAGAUACUCGCAAGCUUGCGAAGGAAGAAAAUUAGCAUUAGUGCCCUGCCAGGCGUCGAGGCGUUUUAGUCAUUAAUGUAGCGACUUACCGUUUUUUCGGUGCAUUUACAAGUCAGUCUUAUACAUAUACGCCCGAUGGAGGG